AUGGAAUCUUCCAUCGCUCCGCUUCCUCACCGACGCUCGCAUCGGCCGACUCGGACUUAUCGCUCUUUGCUUCAGCACCUCUGCUCGAGUUUCGAUCGGGAGAACCAAAUUUCUCUUGCCACGCCGGCUGUUCUUCAGGAGCUCGUCUUAACAACAGAUAUUGCUCAAGUGUCUCCGGGAGAAAAUUCCGAGCCUGGAGAAGUAUGCGCCGAUGAAAAGCCACCGGAGAAUUCAUCGAUCCUGGAACCAAAAUCCGACGGAGGGAAUGGUGAGUCGCGAGCUGAGAACGUGGAAAUGAUGUCACUGGAAAAAAGUCUGAUGCUUGGAGAUGUUUUUGACGGAAUCGACUUGCAAGAUGCAUCUGUUAGUAGUCAGCACAAAGAUUUCUUCGAUGAAUUUGAGCUUAUGAUGAAUGAAAGUGAAGACUUAUUAGCUCCAGAAAAUUGUGUGAAUCUCUUUGAGGCAUUGGAUGUGAAUGACUAUGUUGAUGAUGGUAUAGCAAAACAAGCAUUUGAUCUUGCUCAAACUGUCGCAGAUAAGCCUAGUAUUGUAACUACGGAGCUUCAAGUAGAUUCAGUAGAAUGUGAUGAGAAGGUUUCUGAAGUUCCCAAAUUAGUUGAAUCUAAUGAAAAUCACGAUGGAAUUUAUAGUGGAAUACUUGCUAGAGAGAUGGAAUUGGAGAAACCUGUUAGUAGUAGUCAGGUCUUGGCAGCUUCUGUUUCUCAGAUGGUUGAAGAUGACGAUGUGGAAGAAGGAGAGAUAUCUGGGGAUGAUAAUGAUAAUAUGCUAAUAGAAGAAGAAGAAGAUUUACCAGUCAAAAGUCAUGAGGAGUCUCGUGUCUCACAAGAUGUAGCUGAUAAAAGAGGAGAAGGGACUAGUAAGAGUUCUCAUUCUAGUCUCUUUUUUGGUGUUGACGUAUUGAAAGUAGAAAAUGGAGUAAAGGAGAAAGAUCAAACUUCCAAAAACCAAGAAAAGAUGGUUUCUGAAACUAGCAUAAAGAAAAGGUCUGCGCCUUCUAAGGAAGCAAAAGCUAGAAAGAAGGCAAAAGCUCGGAAGAAAAGAGCUCAAGAGCGUAUAUCACUUGGCGUGAAAAAGCUGAAACUGAAAACAGAAGCUCCGAGACCAAAACCUAUACAAUACUGUCGACAUUAUCUCAAAGGACGGUGCCAUGAGGGAGAAAAAUGCAAAUUCUCACACGAUAUAACUCCGGAAACCAAAUCUUCGCCUUGCUGCUACUUUGCAACACAGUCAUGUAUGAAAGGAGAUGAUUGUCCAUACGACCAUGACCUCUCCAAGUACCCUUGCAAUAAUUUCAUUACCAAAGGUGUCUGCCACAGGGGUGAUAAUUGUUUGUUUUCUCACAAGGGUCCUCCACAGUCGGCUUCAGACUCGUCAACUAACAUAGCUGCAGCGUCUUUAUCGGCUCAGAAAUCAAGUAAACAAUCGGUGAGAGAGGCCAUAGCUAAAUUACCGACGAUCCAAGCAAGAGUUUCAAGCCCAUCUGCGUUUUUGAAGCCGCCGAGUCGGUCUAACCAAAGAAACUCAUGUGAUGCAUCAUCUUCCAAGAUCAAUGAACACGUAACGCCUCCACAGAUUCCUUCUCUGAGAAAACCAUCCGUUGCUCCAAAGGGUAUGAGUUUUCUCUCUUUGGACAAAAUCUCACAAGAGGGUGCCAAGCAAAACACACAGGGCUCUGAUGAUCCGAGCUUGAAGCAGUCACAACAGAGAAGCUUUCUUCCUCUGGGGCCUCCAAGAGGAAUCAGUCUGCUAUCAUCUGCAUCAGAAGAGCGCAAAACUCUGAAUCAAGAGCCUCAGGAACCAGAAAGUAGUAGAAGUCUCAAGACAACGCAUAACUCACACAUUCGAAGUUCUCUAAACUCUGCAAUGAAACUCGCUGCAGAAUUCGAAUCUGCGCAAGUUGAAAGACGCACAAGUGAUCCCGCAGAGAGUGUAAAUAAGAGCGAUGUUAGAGAUAAUCCGAGUGUAACUAGAAAUUCCGUGAACAUAUCUUCCAAGAUUUUCGAGUUCUUGUCGAGCUUCAACACUGGCAAAAACUGA